AUGCCACAAGCACCGGACUCGGUGCCUUCACCUCAUGCCGUGGAUAACAGCGCUCACGAAAAUACCUUCGACACAGAUGGAGCUGAUCCGGAGAAACAUCCCAUGCCUGCUCGCACAUCCUUCUUCUCACGCAGGAACAUCCUAGGACCUGUAACGAAGGACUAUGGAGAUCUACCGCUACUGGCUUGCUGUUUGGUGACGGGCAUGGUGGAUGCGGCGAGUUUCAGGAAUUGGGGCAUGUUUAUUGGGAUGCAGACGGGCAACACAGUAAUCCUCGGUCUUUCGACAGCCGGCCUCCCAGCAAACCCCCAUGCCUGGCUCACGACUCUGGUCUCAAUCAUCUCCUUCCUCAUAGGCGCCUUUCUUACUUUCCGAGUCUCCAAAGUCAUUACGCCCGAAGGACCCAAUCGAAAUCGACUAUGGGGAGCCACACUCUUCAUGCUCCAGGCCAUGCUCAUCAUCCUCGCCGCCGCACUCGCGACACCGGAAGGACUUAUCCCCCAAAAUCCCGGUGGUAAUGGUCGACAUACUUUAGAUGACGAGCGUGUAAUCCAUAACAUCCUCAUUGUAUCACUCAUUCCGCCACUUUCCUUUCAAGCGGGGAUGCAGAUUGCCACAUCUAGAUUACUCGGGUUCAAUGAGCUGCCGAUUAACGUUGUGACGAGCACUUACUGCGAUAUCAUGGGCGACUUCAAGCUGCUAGCAACGAACAAUGUACGACGAAAUCGACGAGUAGCCGCUGUGGUACUACUACUAGCUGGCUCGAUUGCCAGUGGGUGGUUGAUGCGGAGCCAAGGGGGACUUGAGAGUGUGCUGUGGUUGUCUGGUGGAAUCAAGUUCGCCACGGCUGUCGCUUACUUCUGUUUCAUGCCUGCGGUGAAGGAGGAGGGGAAGGCGAAGACGGUCGUGUGA